AUAGUUGGUGACGUCACAGUAUUGAUCAGAUCUGCCGUUUCUUCGGCGGUGCGCCAUUUUGAAAAACAAACCAAGCGAAUUACGAGUAACGCUAGCGCGUAAUCCGAUAGAUAAAUCUGUGAUCAUCCGUCCGACGUGCAGCCGCACGGAGUUAAUUCGUCGUCGUUUGCGAUUCACCCAUUUGGACGGACCAAGGAUAACGGUUCGUUCAUUGGGUCCUGAGGAUCUAAAUGGUUGUGUGCAGACAGCAUGUCUACUCUGCCAGGGUUGGCCUCCAAGGGCGAGAAGGAAAAGGCCAAGUAUCAAGUAUUGGAUAUUAACAAGUUGUACAGGGUUAGCUUGGGGGAAUCAUCAGAGAAUAAGCAGCAGAAGAGCACACUAUCUCAGAAACAUGGCAUGCAAAGCUUGGGUAAGGUCCCCAACACUCGUCGCCCGCCCGCGAAUCUCCCGUCACUGAAGUCUGAACACAGCGGCACGGACACCGCGGUUUCUUUGGUACCGUCGAAUGGUUCAGGAUGGGGCAAACAGGAGAGUACAGUUCAGACAUCCACCACUACUACAGUUCAGGCAACAUCAAACAAUGUGAAUGCGAACGCACCGAUAGCAAUAGCCGGGCCAGCGCUGAGCGCACACCAAGCUGCGAUUGCUUUACCUGUGACGACGACAAUUCAGCCCGCUGGGAGCGCAGGAGUCGGUGGCAAACAGCCACCGCCGCAGCAUCCACAAUCUUCUGCCAGUCCUGCCACAAAUCUCGACAAGUCAUGGAGCUCGGUGAUGAUCGGCAGCGAUCCAAACGCGGCCCAUCCACCACCAUACCAGAGCCCGCAAUUCCAGCACGAGUUCCCCAGCCUGUCCGCUGGCGAUGGCGGGCAACCACGCGCCGCUACCGACACCGGGGGGUACGCGCCCGGGCUAAGCCUGCGUCCGCAAACGGAGGGUUCAUGGCUGCAGGGCGGCGGUGCACGCGUGCCCGCCGACAGCUCGGCAGUCCCCGGUGUCGGAGCGCAGCAUUCGGCCCCGGGCGGCCCGCCCCUGCCGCCGCAGGUGCGCGGCUUCGUGCCCAAUUUUAUGUAUCGAGCGGGCGGCGGAAAUUAUCCGGCGAACGGUCAUGGCGGUGCGGCUAUGCUCCAACAGCAGCAGCAGCAGCAACACACGCAGCAAGCGCCAGCGCGAUCCAGACAAGAUCCGCGCCACCGGGGCGGCAGCAACGACCCGGAGGAGCUUGCGCAUCGCCCCAUCAUCAAAGAAGAGGACCUCAGCGGCAUGGACAACCUCACCGGUGACAUGGGCUGGGCGAUCAACGACGAUAUUGACUACAACCAAAAACUCGCGUUCAGCGACGACGAGCUCAAGGAAGCCAAGGACAUGCGCCGCAGUAUGCGCGACAAGACUGACACUCAUCUAAUGGAAAACGACCAGAAACCGCAGCAGAAGCCACAGCCUCGCAGUCGACACGAGGAGGAUGAAUUCUCGGCGCAACGACGCCGGCAGCAGCAAGAGAUUGCGCACGCUGUCGAACGCGCCAAGCAGCGCAAGGAGGAAGAGGAGAAGAAGUUCCUCGAGACGAGGCAGGCGGCCGCCAAGAAGCUGCAGGAACUCAACGAGCGCAUUGAUAAAAGCAAACGCGACAAGGACGUUGACGACAAUUGCGGAACGAUUAAUCCCGCAUCAGUGCCACCGCAGACAAUCGCCCCGGUUCCCAUUCUUCUACCAGAGUGGGAACGCGAAAAGGAGGUGGUGGUUGUCAUGCGUCCAAAGCCAGACGCCGAGGACUUGAAGCACAAGACUUCCACGUCCACCGAUUUUAAACAUCUCACUCAAAUCGAGGGUCGUGCCAAUUUCGGCCGGAAAGACUCGCGUACAGAGCGCAGCGUUGAAAAGGAACAACCUUCUGGAGGCGCAACGCAAACAACGCAACACAGCAGCUUCUCCAAACAGUUCCAGAAUGACCUACCGCCGAGAUUCCAACGGCAGCAGCAACUCAACGCGCAGAGCUCUUUCCAGUACGAUAACAGAUGGUCUCAGGGCGGGAGUCGCACCAGUCCUAGCAAUCGUAAGUCUAGAGACGACGACAAGGACCCUGAGGAUAGAUACCGACGCCAGGAUGAUAACUAUCGCUCGCAGGUAUCGCACAGGUACGAUUCGUCGAGGAAAUCCUACGAAGAUUACGACUUCAAACCGAAGGAAGAUGAGAAAAUGCGCCGGGAUGUUCGCCGGGGCGAUGACAAAGAGUCGAACUUUGAUGGUAUGACCAUCAGUCGACAGAGUAGUGAUGAGUGGCAUGGGGAUAAGCGUCCGCAGCGGCCUGAUAGUCGCGAUUCGCGCACGUCGAGAGAAUCUCGUGAUUCAGCACGUCAUUCCGAACCGAGGGAGUAUACCUCAUGGGCCGAGGAGCCCAUUGAAGAAAAGAAGAAGGAACACCGUAUGGUCGUACCAGGACCCAUCACAAAGGAGAAGAUUGAAGCGGAUGAUUUGCGCAGUGAGAAGCGUAAUCUCACCCAGUUGAAGCGAGGCGCCAUGGGCGACCAGAGUCUGAAUAAGAAAUUGGAGAAGCCUGAAGACGAUAAUGAUUCGUGGAGUAUUAUGAAAAAGGACAGUAUUGAUGAGCCAAAGGCCUGGGCGGAUUCCAUCCCACCAGCGGUGGAGAAGGAACUCCUCAAGGCUGGCAUGUUGAUGAAGGAUGAAAAACGCGAUGAGGAGGAUGAGAAGAAUAAAGAAGAUAAGAAACGUGGUAGGUCUGAUUCGCAGGGUAGUCGCAAUCAGGGCUGGUCGGGUAAUGUUCAAGUGUACCGGAACUCCUGGUCGAAUAAUAAAAAGAACACUGCACCACUGCCGAGGAAUCCACGUGGUGGUGUUGGUGGAGGCGCUGGGGGUUUACGGACCAAGGGACAAGAUAUGACUGAGUCGGAGGGAUCAGCUGAUGAUCAAGUUAUGCUGGAGAAUGGACCCAGUCCGAAGAGUUCAAAGAAAUUGGAGAAGGACGAGAGGAAUAAAGAAGCGCGCAGCACGGAGAAACAACAACCACUGGAUCGUGACAAUAGGGAUCGUGGUAAAAUGGAUAAGAAUCAUUUUGUACCGCGGGGUGAACCCUCUCGUCAUGGCAGGGGGGCUUCUUUAUCCGGGAGUAGUUUCAGAGGUAGUCGGGGAGGGUCUAAACGGGUGGAUACUUAUGGACCGCCUGCAAAGAGCCCAUUUUCGAAUAUCGACGAGAAGGAUAGGAAACACGAUGAUGCUCCUGAAGAUAAAUCCGAGGAUAAAAAUCGCAAGAAGAUUGAUCCCAGGAAGAAACCUAAGCAAGACGGGGAUGUCUCUGAUAAUUCGGAUGUUGAUGGUAGGAAAUCGAAGAAUUCUCAGAGGAGUGGGUCUAUGCAAGGUAUGUCCAGAGCGCGUGGCGGUGGUGGAAGUGGAGGUGGUGGGGGUAAUACAGCUCCAAGACAAAUGCCACCUGUUGAUAAACGCGGCUUUGGUGGUCCACACCGCCAGAACGCCAAUAUCGGCGGUAAUCUACCCUCAUCACGAAAUCUAUCUUCAAAGGAUAAGGAUGGUAAAGAUAAGGAUAACACUUUAUCAUCAGCUAUUGCUGAUAUCACCCUAAAAGAAGUAGAGAUUCUAGAUGGUGAGGUAGUAGAUGAUGGGUUCCAGGAGGUGAAGAGUAAAAAAACCGACAGGAGUGACCGCAAAAUCGUCGAGAAAAAAGAAGAGAAACCCAAGAUGUCCGGAGGUAUAAUAUCCAAACCAGAAAAAGAUAUUAAAAAGCCUUCGGAUCGCAGUGUCAAAAUGGGUCCAUCGCCGCAACAGGUCAGUAACAUAGCCAACAUUCCAUCACUCAUGGCUACACCCAUCAAUCCGCCUCCGAAUAUGCCGCAGACACAGUCGCAGUCACAAAACAAGGGUCAGUUUGAUCGCAAUCGACAGAAUAAGACACUCCCGCCGCGGUUCGCCAAAGCCAAGGAGCACAAUCGCAUGCAGAAGGCGCAAAUGCAACAGGGUAUAUGCGACGACAUCAAAAUCAACAACCCCAAUCACAUGUACGGUGGCCUCAAGGAUGGCCUGCAUGUAGGUAGCACCUCGAUCAAUUCCAACGCGUGGGAUAAACCACUCUCGCAACAAAUGCGCGUUGAUCAGAAUCAUGAUUUGGUUGUGGGCAUGGAGUGCAAAGCAACCCUGGAGGCUGCAUUGCAUCAUCCUGGUGCCAGUGAUGAUAAAACAGUCCUGGAUGGGUCGAAACCCUUGACUACGAUUAUUUUCGAGAAUACUAAUUAUAAAUCAGCACCGGGGGCGCGUGGAGGUAACAGGAAUGAUAAACAACGUAAAAUGGAGGAUGGUAUGGAUGGUAUACCUUAUAACAAACCCAUUGGUGAUUUGUUAGGUAAAGAUAAGACAGAUAUCCAGCUGCAAUUGUUUAAUAACAAGGAAGAUUCAGCUGAUAUGAAGUUGGACUUUUUGGAGUCUGAAAUCUCUCAGAUUACUGAAGAGAAAUCUUCAAAGAUGAGUUUAUCCAGGUCCAACAUGAAUACCAGCAAUAAUAUCCUCACAGCUGACGCGUUGAAUAUGAAGAUACAGUCGGUGAAGAAGGUUUGGGAGAACAUACCGAAUGUCAUGGAUGUAAAUGAUGAUUCAUUUGCUUCUUCAUUCGUGACUGAUUCCAGUACGAUGGAUGCCAACACAGCGUUCAGUAAAGGUUCAGAGGUACCGGAUGACAACCAUGAUGUUUAUAAUUCAUCGCCCAAUGCGACGAAUAGCACGACGAAUGUGUGCAAAGUGAAACCCACACAGCAAGUGGCUGGCGGUGGUGGGCAGGUGGGCGGUGGACAUCAACCACAUUCCAAUAUUGUGGGGCCUGCACUCAUGGGUCAUGCGUUGUCUUCCCCGCCACCAAUACAACCAGUCAUGGGUGGAUUAGGCCAACCUCCACAGCAGUACACCGCCAGUGGGCAUAUCAGCUAUCAGACUGGACUGGGUAGUAAUCAAUACGGUGGUAUACCAGCACCAUCUCCUCCCAAUGUGUUGAAUUAUUCCACGCAGCCACUGCAACAGACCGGGUUGUAUGCGCCGUUCCAGCUUGACACGUCGCAGGUGAUGAACAAUCAGGGACGCUCGCAGUAUUCGCAGUACUCGUUUGGUCUCGGGCAGACUGGAUCCAGCCCGUAUUCACAAUCGAUGUAUCUGCCCACUGCGCAACCGCAUGCCCCGCCCAAUCAACAACCGGAUUUGUAUCAGAAUAUGAAUAAUUACCGCAUGCCGAAUACAGGACCAUUCGGACAGAAUCAACAGUUGAAUAAUCCAACCACUGUGUUGAUUUCUUCAACGUCGAAUUCGCUGAUGUCGCCGUCUGUCAAGCCGAGCAAUCAGCAGAUAAGCGCGAUUGGUACCAAGGCUGGCGGUGUAGGGCAGGCAUACCAGCAACAAUCACAACAGGGUCAACAGGUGUACAUACCGUUUGAUCCGACAAUUACCGCGAAUUAUAUGCAGACCGCCGGGGUGAUUCAACGGGGACCCGGGGUGCAGAAUAAUGUCGUGCCUGGUUUGCAACCUUCGGGUCUGCAGCCAUCUUCGUCGUUUUAUUCCGGCUCGACGGGUGGACAGACUGGGUACUUCCAAGGACCAGGCAGUUCGAGUUUACCUUCGCAGAUGCAACAGCAUCAGGCCGGGUUCGGGCUGCAGCAGAGCGUUUUCCCCACGCACAAUCAGUCGCACACGAACGCUGGAAUGCAGAAUUAUCCCACGCCGUAUUUGAGUGGCCAGCAGAUGCAGCUGGCUGCGGCGGCCAUGUCACAAUACCGCUCGGCGAGUAUUCAAAACCCGCAGUUUAUGAAGAAUCAGAUUGGUGAUCAAGGCCGGCAGCAGUUGAAGAGUCCCGGAAGUCAACAGGAAGUUUUAUCUUCGGUUUUUAACUCUGGAUCUCAGAUUGCUUCGCCCAAAUCACGCCAGCAGAUGAAACAACCACCCCCACAACCCAGUCCGACCGCACACAGCAAAUACAUGUAUGGUGGCAUGUCCAGUCAACAGGGCGGACAGCAGACCAGAUACCCGACGCCCAUUCAGCGCCCCGCCGGUAACUACCAGAGCCAGAUGAGCAACGUGCAGAAUAACUCUGGCAAUCCCAAUCAGAAACCGCACCGUAUGAAUAACAAUUCCAACAAUCGUUCGUCUGGCGGCGGCGGCGGCCGAUAUUAUGGGUCCCAAGGUUGGUACACUAACAAUUACCAAACGAAACACAGAUCAGGCGGAAAUAUGAAUACUCAAUCCGACAAAGCAGAAGAAUCAAAACUGAACGACGGCGGCGUGAAUUCUUCCAACCAGUCGUCGAGUGGCAGCUCGAAGCCGCCCGCCUCCGUCAGCCAGCCGAACGACAAACCAGACGUGAAAGAAGAAAACUGUGCUAAAGACUAAUUCGUUCGUUUCUAUUAUUCUCUAAGUACUAAACUAUGUGUUUGUAAAUUCAAUAUUAUUUUAUUUAACUUAAUUUAUUCACUGCGGCGCACGCGUGCGCUUGGUAUUCAUUCUGCGAAUUCUACGAUUGCACGAUUGCGAGGACAGGUCGUUGCACUUGUACAUACAUGUUUCGAAAAAAUGUCAAGCCAUCAUCCGGACUGCCUCCAAUCGCACAUUGAUACACACAAAAGAGUAUAUUAUAAACAAGCAAACAAAAAAAAUGAUAUUAAUUGUGAUAUGAAAAUGCAAAAUUUAUCGAUUCGGACGAAUGAGGUCUCUUCUCAUCUCUACACUACAUAAAAUUUAUUGAUUAUUUGAGCUGUCUUUGUUAUAUUUUGUAUUACACAUAACACACAUAACAUACACAUGCAUACAAACGAUUACUCGACGCGCAAGUAUUAGUGCUGAAAGAAGACGAUUACAAACUAAGUACCGCAUAAUUGAAACUUUAAACAAAGAUGUAAAACCGUAAGACGUUUAGCGAUUUAUUAGUGGAAUUAUAGUAAAACAUGCAUAGAUGUAAGACAUAGCGGAGGUGAAAGAUUGCAGAUGGAAGCAAGCAAGCUAUAUAACAACUUAGGUUUUUUCGCUAAACGAGAUAUAAUGUUAGUUUUUAUGUUGUUCUGUCCCGGACGCUAACAAUACCGAAUUCGAUAUGUAUUUUGCCGUAUUUCUCACAUUUUGUAGCGCAAUAUUAAUUCGUAGUCCUUGUAUUUUAAUUAGUGUAACGUCGGCUGAAAGAUGAUGAUUGCAGGAGAGGAAGGACGAGCGCAGGGUGUAUGCGCGUUCCUACUGGAUGUGAAAAUGCCUUUUAGAGAUUUUUUACAACACAACAAUCCGUGAAACAAUCGAAUGGUGGUGUGGUUCGCGUACACCCUCUCAUUGCUGUAUUGUCACUUGGAUCAUUCGUUCCCAUUUUUAAAUAUAACGUACACUUAUGCCCCUCCCAACGAGGUCUCUCAUUCUACAUUUGCAUCAACAAGUUUAACUUGCUGUUCGACACACGAUUUCGUCAUCAGAUAUUUGUUGCUAUCGAAAAAAUAUACGAGACAUUUAUAACAACUGGA